UUUAACUGAGAGAUAUCCCAGCUAUUAUUCUCCCAAAUUAUUAUUAUUAUUGUGUUAGCAAUUAUAUCGUAUCUACAGGGUAAAAGUGAAGAACAAGUAAAAACCUGUUCAUAACUUCCCGAGAAAAUCAAGGGCUGAAGACACAGAACCUAGCGAAAAGAAAGUUACAUUGGCUUAAUGACACGACGAAAAAUUGUGAUACUGUCAUUGUGUGUGAGCAUUGAAUUCGAACGACUCUAACUUACAAGACUACGAUGUAUCGAUUAGUGAAUGAAAAUAGUCUAUCAAUCUGUUAAUGACUUAAUUUUACAGAGUACAAACAGAAUUUGAAACCUUGUUUUAUUGUCUUACAAUUUACAAACUAAAAUUUAAAAAGGAGAUGAGUAUUUUAGCUUACAAUGGAGGUGUUGUGAUAGCCAUGAAAGGGAAGGAUUGUGUCGCUAUUGCAGCUGAUCGUCGCCUGGGAGUUCGCGGACAGUUGAUCUGCACAAGUUUCGACAGGAUAUUCGAGAUGGGACCAAAGCUGUAUUUGGGCCUUCCAGGACUUGCGACUGAUACGGCCACUGUGGCCCAACGGUUGAAGUUUCGAAUGAAUCUCUAUGAGCUGCGUGAAAAUCGAAAAAUCAAACCCAAAACAUUUAGCGCUGUUGUUUCUAAUUUGCUUUAUGAGCGAAGAUUUGGACCAUAUUUUGUAGAGCCAGUUAUAGCAGGGUUAGAUCCCAAAACAAAUGAACCAUAUAUCUGUAACAUGGACUUAAUUGGCUGCCCCAACGAACCUGAGGACUUUGUAGUGUGCGGGACAUGUGUGGAACAAGCUUAUGGCAUGUGUGAAUCACUGUGGGAGCCAAACCUGGAACCCGACGAUCUGUUUGAGACAAUAUCUCAAGCUCUAGUUAAUGCGUUUGACCGAGAUGCACUGUCGGGUUGGGGAGGAGUGGUCUACAUUAUCGAGAAAGACAAGGUCACCGUUAAAGAACUGAAAACUCGUAUGGACUAACAUUUAAAACUAUCACAAAAAUGUCAUUAAUGUAGUAAAAUGAUGAGUAUAUCACAGCCACUUUGCCCCGAUGAUGACGUAUUUAAUUAAAAUGUUCAGCCACUUUGCCCCAAAUGAUGACGUAUUUAAUUAAAAUGUUCAGCCACUUUGCCCCGAUGAUGACGUAUCUAAUUAAAAUGUUCAGCCACUUUGCCCCAAAUGAUCGUAUUUAAUUAAAAUGUUCAGCCACUUUGCCCCAAAUGAUGACAUAUUUAAUUAAAAUGUUUUCUCACUGAA